AUGGCAGAGGCGGGGUCGGGGCCGCCGGCGGGGCCGCAGCUCAACGCGCUGCCCGACCACUCGCCGCUGCUGCAGCCGGGCCUGGCCGAGCUGCGACGCCGGGCCCGGGAGGCGGGCGUCCCGCGGGCGCCGCUGCCGCUCACCGACGCCUUCCUGCUGCGCUUCCUGCGCGCCCGGGAUUUCGACCUGGACCUGGCCUGGCGGUUGCUAAAAAACUAUUAUAAGUGGAGAAAGGAAUGUCCAGAAAUAAGUGCAGAUCUACACCCCAGAAGUAUUCUUGGCCUUCUGAAGGCUGGCUACCACGGAGUCCUGAGAUCCAGGGAUCCCACUGGCAGCAAAGUUCUUAUUUACAGAAUUGCACACUGGGACCCAAAAGUUUUUACAGCUUAUGAUGUAUUUCGUGUAAGUCUAAUCACAUCCGAGCUUAUUGUACAGGAGGUAGAAACUCAACGAAAUGGCAUCAAGGCUGUAUUUGACCUGGAAGGCUGGCAGUUUUCUCAUGCUUUUCAAAUUACCCCAUCUGUUGCCAAGAAAAUUGCUGCUGUACUUACAGAUUCCUUUCCACUGAAAGUUCGUGGCAUCCAUUUGAUAAAUGAGCCAGUAAUUUUUCAUGCUGUAUUUUCCAUGAUUAAACCAUUCCUGACUGAAAAAAUUAAGAAUCGGAUUCAUAUGCAUGGAAGCAAUUAUAAACAAAGCUUACUUCAGCAUUUUCCAGACAUUCUUCCUCUGGAAUAUGGUGGUGAAGAAUUCUCCAUGGAGAACAUUUGUCAGGAGUGGACAAAUUUUAUAAUGAAGUCUGAAGAUUAUCUCAGCAGCAUUUCUGAGACUAUUCAAUGA